UUAUGUUCUCUCUGCCGAACCCUAAACAACGAAACAAAAAUCCAAAACAACGUCGUUUCAACACUCAAAACAAAAACAUGAAAGCGCGAGGAGGGUAAGUGAGAGCGUGUGUGUGAAGACAACGAUCAUUCUGACUCUCUUUCUCUGUCCCCUCUUCUUCGUCGUCUCCGUUUUCUUUUAUCCGUUUCUGUUUUUCCAAUUUUGCCCUCCGCUUUUUCCCUAUUUCCCAAUUUUGCCCUCUUCUUCUUCUACCAUGACCUACUUGAAGUCGUAGCUCGAGUCCGUGUUCGCCUUUUCCAAUUCCCAAUUUCAAUUUCCCAAACUUCGUAGGAUUUCCGUCGAAUAAUGGAACCUCGAGUUGGGAACAAGUUCCGUCUCGGUCGGAAAAUUGGUAGCGGAUCUUUCGGAGAGAUCUAUCUCGGAACUAAUAUUCAGACUAAUGAAGAGGUUGCGGUUAAGCUUGAAAGUGUCAAAACCAAGCAUCCUCAAUUGUUGUAUGAAUCCAAGCUGUAUAAAAUACUGCAGGGAGGAAAUGGGAUUCCAAAUGUGAAAUGGUAUGGUGUUGAAGGAGAGUACAAUGUGCUCGUGAUGGAUUUACUUGGCCCUAGCCUUGAAGAUUUAUUCAACUUCUGCAGUCGGAAAUUGUCUCUCAAAACUGUUCUUAUGCUUGCUGAUCAGAUGCUAAAUCGAGUUGAAUUUGUUCAUUCCAAAUCAUUUUUACAUCGCGACAUCAAGCCAGACAACUUCCUCAUGGGUUUAGGGAGGCGUGCAAAUCAAGUGUAUAUUAUUGACUUUGGCUUGGCCAAGAAAUAUAGAGACACCACUACACAUCAGCAUAUUCCUUACAGAGAGAACAAGAAUUUGACCGGAACUGCUAGGUAUGCUAGUAUGAAUACUCAUCUAGGAAUUGAGCAAAGCCGUAGGGAUGAUUUAGAGUCACUUGGAUAUGUUCUUAUGUACUUUUUAAGAGGAAGUCUGCCUUGGCAGGGAUUGAAAGCUGGUACUAAGAAGCAGAAGUAUGAGAAGAUUAGUGAGAAGAAAGUUUCUACUUCUAUUGAGUCUCUCUGUCGUGGCUAUCCCUCAGAAUUUGCUUCAUACUUCCAUUACUGCCGGUCACUGAGGUUUGAUGAUAAACCAGAUUAUGCUUAUUUGAAAAGACUUCUUCGUGACCUUUUCAUUCGUGAAGGAUUCCAGUUUGAUUAUGUCUUUGAUUGGACCAUUUUGAAAUAUCAGCAAUCUUCAAGUGUCACUGCCCCUGCCCGUGCUAUUGGUCCUGCUGCUGGACCAAGUUCAGGCAUGCCACCACUGGCUUCAAAUGGUGACGGACAGUUAGGUGGAGAGGAUGGUAAUGGUAGGCCUACUAAUUGGUCUUCAUCAGAUCCUACUCGUAGGAGAAACUCUGGAACUAUUGCUAAUGACGGAAUCUUAUCUAGACAAAAAGGCCCAGUUACAUAUGACUCAACUGGAUCUAAAGAUGCUAUGGUGCGUUUGUCAAGUUCUAAUUUCUUCUGGUCAAGUGGAACUGCAAAGCGAGGUGCUGUCUCAGGCAACCGUGAUGUAGUUGGCAGUGAGACCGAGGCCUCUCGUUCUCUGAUCCUGGAUUCAAGUCAGGGAGCACUUCGUAAAAUCCCUGCCCCUGGUGCUCAGAGAAGUUCAGCUAUCAUGUCAUCUGAGCACAACCGAACAUCCUCUGGCAGAAACACAUCCAACAUAAAGAAUUUGGAGACAACUCUUAGGGGUAUUGAGAGCCUGCAUUUCAAUGACGAGAGGGUACAUUAUUAGCAGCUACCACUCUCAAAUUCUCGAUCACCUUUCUUCUUUGUAAAUUCUAAAAGGCUUAUACUCUUUAUGCAUUGUGUUGAAGAAAAGCUGCAAACAAGUUGGGAAUUAUCCCUCAUAAGUAUACAAUAAAGAAUGUCUAUAGGCAGCUUCCUAACUAAACUGGCCUUGUAAAAGGCUUCUGUUCAUACAGUGUUAUACUGACAAAUGUUUUUCUUCACCUUUACAAUCGUUUUCUCUGAUUGCUUCCAUAA